CAACGGAGUAGACAUGACGAAAAUACACGUGCUUGCGGUGAUCUGCGUCGCGGUGGCCUUACAAGGUCAAGUGUCUUUGCAACAGGGCGACAACACAUUUGCAUGGUCACGGCAGAAGGAAUAUUAUUUCAGCAGCUCGUUUAAGCUCAAUUGGUUCAAAGCGGUUGAAUACUGCAGGGAUCGGGGUAUGUUCCUGCUGUCGGUUCGGAAUGCCGAAGAGCGCGAAGCCGUCAUUGACUAUCUGGCCAGUACUGGUUACACCAAAACGCACAAGGGGCUGAUGGCAUGGAUAUCAGCAAACGAUCUUGGUGAGGAAGGUGAAUUCUAUUGGGCUUCGACUGGCAGCCGGGUCAACUAUCCGAACUGGAGUGACACGGAACCGAAUGAUUACAAAACCGACGACUGCACCGGAGAAGACUGUGCGAUCUUGGAGUAUUGGGCGGAGGGUGGUGCUAAUUACAACUAUACAUUCAACGAUCGAGCCUGCACGAAGGAGUUCCUUUUUAUUUGUGAAACAUUGCCCCAGUGAUUUAACUGCUUGAAGCACUUGGGAAUAUUUUAAAUAUCUUAAGACAAUAAAACUAAAUGGAACUAAACAGUUAAAAUAACAUAA